AUCGAUACACAAUUCGCGUGCAUCUUUUGUGGCAAUUUUUAAGUGAAAAUUUCAAUUAAAUAAAGAAAAUUGGGACAAUGGACGCGAUAGAAUCCCAACUGGCGGUGCGAAACAAGUGCGAGCAGCUGCAGAAAUCGAUUAAGGAGCUGUACGACUGGGAACAGCAAAUGAAAAGUGCAGACUCGUCGAAAGCUCACCAGGUUGAUAGUGAGACCCCAUCUUUGCCACCAGUGCGCAGCGAUGUGAAGGCAAUGGAAGAGUUUUCCAAGGAAUGUGGGAGCACCGAAAAGCAGGACCAGGCAGGCGGUGAAACCGUCGAUAAAAAGCUGUUUGCCGAGGCAGAAGUGCUCAAAGAGCAAGCCAACCGGCAGUGCAAGCUGGGAAACUUCCAGGAGGCCAUUGAUCUCUACACCAAGGCCAUCGGGACGUACGCCGAGAAUCCGGUAUACUACAGCAACCGUGCGUUGUGCUACAUGAAUGUGGAACAGUUUACCGAAUGUCUCGAGGACUGCAGCGUUGCCAUCGGGAAGGAUCCAACAUACAUCAAGGCCUACUAUCGCAGGAUGCAGGCGUUCGAGCGGUUAGGAGAAAAUGAAAAAGCUAUCGCCGAGUGUCGCCUGAUACUGAAGCUGUCCAAGGAUGAAAACGAAUUGGCCACUACCAAGCGGGAUCUUGCGAGGCUAGAGAAACGUGUCGCGCAACGAGAACCUUCGCCCAAAAAGGAUAAACCACAGACUGCAGAAAUGAACGAAACACUUGCGCUGGUCAAGCAGGAAGCGGACAAGUACAAGGAGAUCGGCAAUAAACAUCUGGCUCGAAAGGACUUCCAAAAGGCGCUGUCGUGCUACACGAAGGCGAUUGCACUGUAUAAUAGUGAGGCCGUCUACUACAAUAACCGUAGUCUGUGCCACUGGAAUUUGAAGGACUACGAUCAAUGUCUAGCCGAUUGCAAUAAAGCCAUUCAGCUGAACGAGAGCUACUUCCGGCCGUACUACCGGCGAAUGCAGGUGCGAGAACUCCGUGGCGCUUACCAGAGUGCCAUCGACGAUUGUCGAAAGUUUCUGGAGCUCACUACCGAUGCCAAGCAGAAGAUAACGGCGGAGAAAGAUCUCGUUCGGCUGGAACGGCUGCUCAAGUCCGACGAACCCGUCAAGCAGACGUUCGUGUGGAGCGAAAUUAAAAAGAACGCAAAGUUAAUCCAAUUCGUCCAGAAACCACCCCACAUGCGCUCGAAAAAGCCUCUCCGACGGGUUCCGAUCAACGAUGUACCCGCUGACGCGCCAAAGCUUAUCACUCCUACCUUCAAGCCUGCCCCUAAACCGACGGAGCGUGCAAACAUUUCCGAUGCCAUCAUCGACAAUAUGUUCAACAACCAUACCGGCGAGCAGCUUCCGCCGGAACCGGAGGAAAAAACCAACCUGGAGCACCUGUUCCCGGCCCACUCGAACAAACUGCGCAACAUGUUCUCCCCGCCGACGACGCCGACGAGCGAUCAGCGGAAAAUGCUACACACGGUUCCGGUGGCCAAACCAUCGUCAACGGUAACGAAAGCUGUCGAAAUGAACGGUGGUCCACAACAGCCACUGCAUAAUAAAACCGAAAAGGAUAAAAUAAACUUGGAAAAUCAGGAUUUGAAUGAAAAAAGUACUUCAAAACGGGCUCCCAUUGUUGCGACCCUGACCAAACCCACUGCCGUUCCCCCGAAGCCAAAGUCUAGUGCUCAAUUUUACACCACCUGGAGCGGAUUGGAUGAGGAACUGCGAUAUCAAUAUUUACUGACGCUCAAGGAUAUACCGCUGCGCACCCUGUUCGGCGCAAGUCUGUCCAACGAAAUGCUCAGCGAGCUCCUCUACAUCCUGCAGAAGCGGUUCAUCCAGGAUCGGAUCGAUGUGACCAACAUCAUGCAAGAGAUCGCCCGGAACGAAUCGAUCGGUAUACUGUCGCUGAUGAUGAAUACCAAGGACCGAAAUGCAAUUGCUCACUUACUCAAAUUUAUGCAAGAUCAACACGUCGAAAAGAACAUUAUUGAAACGAUCAAAAAGAAGCUGUUAACAUGAGGGUGUCGAAAGUUCAUCUGUUGAACGGAGGAAACAACCGAUGAACCGCUAUGAAGGAUCGUUUUAUAGAAGGAUUUGGAUUUCGUGUGGCGAAAGAUAGGAUCGUUAGAGUAUUUGAGUUUACUAACAACUUCUUACCAAACCCUUCAGCACACACACCCGAGCAAGUGUUUGCACUGCCCCUUGUCCAAAAGAGGAACCAGUAAUAAACUUCAGAUACUUC